AUGGAGAAGGUCCAACACAUGACCCGCUCCGCUCUGAGGAGAGCCUCAACUAUUGAGGUCAACCCACAAGCACGCCAAAGGCUCCAAGAGCUCUUUGUGAAUUUCUGCCUGAUUCUAAUUUGCCUCUUGCUGAUCUGUAUCAUAGUGAUGCUUCUCUGA